GUGGCUAAAGUUUACGUAGCAAAUCUUAGUAAUCUGUGGACAGUUUGAAUCUGUCAAAGUUAGCGUUUUAGCGAAAGUUUUUAGAUAAUUCGCCUUCUUGUUCAGUUUAAGUACAAUUUCUAGUCUGAUCGGACGACGUUCACCUGGUUCGCUGUAUGUAUUCCUGUGCGAUAUAUUUUUCCACUUUAAUACCUUUAUCAGUCAGUCGUCAGCACAGAUUACAGAGAAUAAAUCGUCAGUCGCAUUUGCUGACACUGAGAGAGAUCAACAAUCCGGCAUCAAAUAGCAGAUAUUGCACUCCAGAGUUGCCGGCUGAAGAUACAAAGAUUUCAAUCUUCCAUAAACUUUUUCUAUCCUUUGUUUACAUGCACACACAUGGUGCCCAACUGUGGACAUCCUUCCCUUUUGUUGAUAGGUAUCAGCUAAGCAGGUGGGUAAGUGUGUAUGUAUGGGAGUCAAAUUUAUGGUUUAGUUACAAAGUGCUUCUCUGAAUAGCAACUGGGUUUAAUAAACUUUUAAAUAAGUAUGUCUGCUAGACGCUCAUUCUCUGUUAAAGAAAAGGUGGAAAUCAUUUCAAAAUUGAAAAAUGGUGGAAACAAUGCUGAUUUGUGCAGAGAAUACAAAAUUUCCCAUUCAACAAUAUCUUCAAUGUGGAAAAACCGUGAUAAAAUAUUAAAAUGCUUCGAAUCCAAAUCCUCUAAAAUUAAGAGAAACCGCAACCCAAUGCAUCAAGAUGUAGAAAAUGCCCUUCUAAUGUGGUUAAAAGCCCAAAGAAGCCAAAACAUACCUUUAAGCAGUUCUUUGCUACAAGAAAAGGCCAAUCAUUUUGCCAGAUUGUUUGGAAAAAAGGAAUUUUUGUGUUCGCAAAGCUGGAUAUACCGAUUUCGUCAACGAAACAAUAUUGCAGUAGGCAAAGUUUGUGAAGAAGCUACUGUUAGUAUAUCACAAAGUGACUGUGACAAAAGGAUCAAAAAAGAAUUGACUGAAGAUUACACUGAUAGCCAAAUAUGGAACGCUGACGAGACAGGUUUGAACAUGGGUGACAGCAAAGAAGAGGUAGCCUGUGGCCCGUGGUCAGUGGAGGGGGUGGAGGUUGCCGAAGUGAAGGAGGUGUGUGCGGCGGGCUGGGAUGCGCUCAUUGUGGUUCUGUCGCCGGGGGUCACUCCACCACAAGCCAUCGAAGACUUCGUCGCAGAUUUGAGACUGAUCGAUAAAGGCAUUGAUGAGCGGUGCGCGGUGGUGCGGUGCGAGCGCGUGAGCGGCGCGCGGCUAGUGCUGGCGCCCACGGGCCCGCUGACGCCCUACGACGAUGUCAGGAGUGUGAGCGAGGCGGCUUACGCGGGAGUGAAGCGCGCGCUGGAGGCCGGCGCGCGCCGCCCCGUGCUGGCGCUGCAGCCGCACCCGCGCUUCCCGCGCGCGCCGCUCGUGGCGCUGCUGGCCGCGCUCGAGGCCGCAUACUGUCCGCUGCAGUCGCGCGAGUCGUUUCCGCACCUGGUGCAGCGGCCGGAGGCGCUGGGCGUGUACGGGGAGGGGGAGGGGGAGGGGGAGGGGCUGCACCCGCUCGCGCCCACCAUCGCCUGCGCCGUAGCACUGGAGACCGCGCGGUGCCUGGCUCGCGACGUGGGGGGCGGGGACCCGGAGCGCAUGUCGCCGCUGCAGGCCGCGUGCCACCUGCAGCAGGCGUUCCAGGGCACCAGGUGCCGCGUGCGGGUGGAGACCGACGCGCAGCACAUCCGCGACCACUACCCGCUGCUGGCCGCCGUCUCGCGCGCCGCCGACCAGGUGCCGCGACACCGGGGAUGCAUCGUGUUCCUGGAGUACGAGCCGGAGCAGUAUGAGAAAACGCUGAUGUUCGUGGGCAAGGGAGUGACGUACGACACGGGCGGCGCGGACGUGAAGAUAAACGGCGCGAUGGCCGGCAUGUCGCGCGACAAGUGCGGCGCGGCCACUGUCGCCGGAUUCCUCAAGGCUUGCGAGUUGCUGCGGCCGGAGUUAAAGGUGGUGGCGGCGCUGGGAUUCGCGCGUAACUCUAUCGGCGCCGAUUCGUAUGUGGCCGACGAAUUGGUGCGCGCGCGAUGUGGGCGGGUCGUGCGUGUGGGGAAUACCGACGCUGAAGGGAGGAUGGUCAUGGCAGAUCUACUCUACCAGAUGCGCGUUCAGGCUAGCCAGGAGCGCUCGCCACACCUAUACACGGUGGCGACGCUGACGGGGCACGCGCACCGCGCCUACGGGCCCGGGUAUACUGCCGCCGUCGACUCGCACGUUGCGCACGCGCAGCGACACGCCUCCCGCCUGCGCCGCGCCGGCGAGCAGCUGGGCGAUAUGCUGGAAGUGUCUCGCGUCCGGCGCGAGGACCUGCGCGCGCACCGCGCAUGCGCCGCCACGGGCGCGGAGCUGCUGCAGGCGCUGCCCCAGCCCUCCGCCGCCACGCCGCGGGGACACCAGGGGCCCGCCGCCUUCCUGCUGCAGGUAGCGAAGUUGGAUGAAGAGGACGCGCCUCCGUUUACGCAUCUCGACAUCGCGGCCAGCGCCGGCGACCAUCCGCACCACCCCGUGCCCGCCACGCUGCUCGCGCUCGCCGCGCACUACGGGCUCAUCGCGUGCUGAGCGAUCCCGAGCGAUCCCGAGCGAUCCCGAGCGACCCCGAGCGAAGACUACCACCACCUGCAUUCAUAUCGAGCCCUUACCGCCAAAUUAUCGUAAGCGACAUUCGCCCAAUUAUCGUAAGCGAUACUUUUGUCGAAAUGCGUUUUUUGUGGAAACUAAUAUUUUAAACCGUAACGGACCCAUCUCUGUUGAUGUUUCCCUCCGAAAGAACAGCGUAAUAAUAUAAUAGAGGGAAGAAUAGAGGGAAACAUCAACAGAGAUGGGUCCGUUACGGUUUAAAAUAUUAGUUUCCACAAAAAACGCAUUUCGACAAAAGUAUCGCUUACGAUAAUUUGGCGGUGAGGGCUCGAUAUAUCGUCUCGCCUACCACCACCACAGAGUACACAGGAGGUUAGAUGGCUCGUCCUACCUACACUUCCACAUAAUACAUAAUCACACGACGUGGCUUCAAGCCAUCGAACCGAUCAGCCCUCACACCCGAGAGCAACGACGCAAUCGGAACCAAGUUUCGUUCAAGUUAUGAGCGUUUGCGCACACACUUGUGGCGCGCCUGCCUCAGGGGCCGUUCGAGUAUUACGUAAGCAGAUUUAUUAAAAUUAUUUACCCUCUCCUCCCCCUCUUCAGCAAAAGUAAGCAAAGCUCUUACCCCUCCCCCCCCCCCCCUCCCCCGUCCUUACGUAAACAUUGGUACCUAUAUGCAUUUUUCCUUUAAUGUAUUCUGUUUUUUUUUGAUUCAUGAGCUUUCAUGAGCUUCAUGAGCAGCAGCAGUAUUUAAAAAGGCUUAAUCGAUGAUGCUGACGUAAUCACCAUCUGUACACCCCCCCCCCCCCCCCCCCCCAUGUCAUCAAAAAUAAGCAAAGCAAAGACCCCCCUGCCCCCCUAAAGUGCUUACGUAAUACUUGAACAGCCCCUCACCCGCAAGGUCCUUCUAACCUCUUUCUGUGUUCUGUGACAGAAUACAUAACGGUACAAAAUAGUUUUCUCUGGAAAAUCAAUUAAAUGAAUAGUUUAGGAAAAUUCACGUCGCUAGUUGGCGCCACUGCGGCGUCAGAUCUUUUGUUUGAAGUGUUUGGCGCAAAUUAAAAGAACGAGCAUUUAAAUUAAUCCAUAGAUCAUGACGACGGACGAGUACACCUUUCGCCUCUGUGCUACCACCUGGCGCCCGAAAUUUCAGGAAACCCUAAUUGCGUACGAUUCAGAUCGCAGAGCGCUAAUAACCUACAAGUAUAUUCACCUAAUAGUUGCCUCUCUUUCUAUCGCGUAACUCUUACCUUUUCCGACGACACCAGGGUAGUCUGCUUAUGAAAAAUAAUGUGAAUAUGUAUGUUCUUGUGAACAAAUGAAGUUUUAAAUCUAAUUCUCAUAGCUGUCUUAGGCCCGUAUUACAGAAUGACAACUGAGAACAGUUAGAAAGGGAUGUCGCUAUAUAGAGCACAUAGCGACAUACCUUUCUAACUGUACUCAAGUAAAGAUCAACACUUAGUUAUCUUUGUGUAAUACGAUCCUUAGUAAUAUAAGCAGAUUGUCGCACUGAAUUGGCCCCUCUGGUAGUAAACACGUCUUCGAUACGCGGGAGUAUGAGAGGCCUGCUUGUAUUAUAAGAUUAUCUUUAAUCGUUCGCCGCUCACUUUUUCCUAAAAAAAAAAUGUGUGCGUGUACUAUUGUACACACGUAAGAAGUGAAACUUCUUUAUGGCCUUAUUUUUUUCGAAAAAUGAUCUACAUGCAACUUUCCAGAAAUAUAUAUAUAGGCGUGCGCUAAGAUUUUUCAAAAACUCACCCACUAAAGGGGUAUAACUACACCUUACCUUACCUUGUGUGAAACACGAAUAUUUGCUGUCGAUACUUUUUUUUUAAAGUUGACAGAAGAAGCAAUUGUUCGGAUGAGGUAAAUAGUGCUCUUUUAAAAAAAAGAUGGCGCGUAACCAAAAAACGUGACGCGUAACCGAAAAAAAUGUGACGGUAAAUUUUUUUCCAACGCCGAUAAAGAAGUUUCACUUCAAAAAUUCAUUCCAUCCCCUAGUAUGAGCACCGCGAUAUGGUAUAUCGUUCAAUUUUUUAUGGAGUUUGAAAGCUAAACGCUGUAAAAAGCGUGAUAUAAUGUAUAUAUUGUGGUGGUUAUGCUACCGGAACAAUGAAUGUGUCGAGGUGAUAUAUGUUCGCGAGAUGGAUCGAGAUGGAUAAAAACAUGGCACAGACAAAUAUCGUAGGUACCACAGACGACGUCACAAUUAGUAUUUAUAUCAGAAAAUGCAAAUGCAAUGUUUCGGUUUCAGUGGAUUUUUAAUAAAAUAUAAGUACACAUUUUAUCAAUCGUUGCGUAAUAAUAAACUGUUGUAUAUUAACGAGAAUAUUUUUAUAAGUAUAUAUCGUAAAUAAAAAAUAUUAUACAUAUAA